AAGGGCAUUAGCUUUCAACAGAGGAGGGCGUCGGCGUAGUGGUUUCUGCUCAGUAGGUCACCCAAAGAUGGAGGGUGAGGAAAUAAAUAAAACUGAAGAGGAGAAAAUCUACUGUCUUUGUCGUCUCCCCGUGGAUGUUCUGGAAAUUAUAUUGAGGUAUUUAUCAGUCCUUGAUUACAUAAAAUUCCGUACUGUUUCCAAGUGUUGGCGUCUGGCCUUCUCCACUUGUGCUUCUUCUUCUUCUAUUAUAUUACAACAACGUCCAGAAAGAGAGUUUCCAUGGUUUGUGGUCUUGAAGACAAAGCCAGAAGGGAGGAAACAUAGGGGCUGCCCGGUGUUGCACACAGAAGGCUUGCUGGGGAACAUGCGUUCUAGGGUUGCAUACAAGACGGACAUGCCAGAACUAUGUGGAACACGAAUCCUGUUGUCCAAGUACGGGUGGCUUCUUCUUUUUAAAGGCAAUGAUAAUUCUUGCUCCUCCUCAUCACUUUAUUUCUUCAACCCAUUCUCCAAGGCCAAAAUUGUGCUUCCCUCGAUGGACGUAACCAAAUUACGUAGCCCUCUAUUUGACAUAUCUGCUCCACCUACAUCCCCAGAUUGCAUGGUUUUCAUCGCAUAUUGGGUCCAAUGGAAACGUGUUAUGAUUGAUCUGUGCAGAAAAGGAGAAUCUAAUUGGACUAGUUAUGGAGGUGGGCCUGGGGGGCCGAUUAUUAAUGCAGUCUUUGCUAAGGGAAUAUGGUAUUACUUGCAUUCCGAUGGAGAACUUAGCGCAUUCGAUGCUGUUCAUCACCACUACAUCUGUACUCCUGGUAUACUAGGCCUUGAUUUUAGCUUUUACACUUUCUCUAGACUGGUUUCGUAUGCUGUCAAGCGUGGAGAACAAGUUCUUCUUCGCAUUCAUGCUUGUUGUGGGUGUUACGAAAUUGCAUUAUCUUCUCCUCAUUUAUUGGUGGCGACAACAAUAAAUCGUGGCCCCGAGGAUCCAGAAUAUUUGUUCCUCACAGAUGCUGAGAAGGCUAUUGAACGUGAAAGAGAAGUGAUAUGUGUUGAUUCUUUUAAUCCGGAUGCAUGGUGUCUAGUUUAUCCUUCUGCUGACACUUUUGAGUGUAGGUGGCAUCAAUUUAUAAGCAAUCGCAUACCGCAUUAUGAUUUGAGGGAAAUAAGCUGUCAUGUAAGAAAUAAGUGCUCCACAUUUUUGAUGUGGUUUGAGCCUGUUUGGGUUGAACCCUCUCCUAACUUGACUUGGACUUGAUUGCUCUGAAACAAAUUAAGGGAAAGCACCCAGUGAUUGGCUGACAUACAAAGUGUCAAACCAGCAAUUCUUAUGACAGGAGUCACAAGACGGAUAGGUCUGAUCCUGUGACAGCAUGUUGAGUGCUAGUUUCUCAUGGUAGUUUUAGCCUUGAAUCAGGUUUGUGGACAGGCAGAUGUAUGGGGUGAUGGAGUUGUACCAGAAGUAUCAGCGCAUCUAGAAGGAGCACUCAACAUUAGCUUGGAUGGAGUCUACCACUCACCAGUUGGUUCAGAUGACGUAUCAAGACCAUGGUAUGGUUCUCCCGCUGUUGUAGAGCAAUGGAUACAUCAUCUCCUCGCCUAAUCAAGUCUAAGAUACUCAAAUGAUGAAGAAAAUGUCUGUUCAUAUAUAUUGAUUGCCAAUGGAGUUCUUGCUCCUAAUAUUUUUUCUGGCUACUGGUUAAUAUUAGAAAUUCGUC